ACGCUUAUUGUAACAUUGUCAAAGCCUGAAAAGUCAGCGUGUGCUGUUGUUACAUAUGUGUGGAUGGUUGAGUUCAGAUUUAUUCGGCAUGAUUGAGAUCAUGCUACGUCAAAUUUGUUACGCUUGUUCCGCCUUCUUAAUAAAAGUAUUACUAUAUUGAUAAUUGGUUUUUUGUCAAAGUAACGAGAAAAAUAUAGAUGGUCCCUAUGUACACACUUUCUCCAUCCUAUAUAUAAAUAGGUCUUUGAUUUUGUAAGGUUUUUGAAUAUUGCUAACUUAUACUUCGGCUUCCUUCGUCUACAUUCGUUCAUAUGAAAGGAAUCAGUAUUACCAUACUCUCGCUAAGUGCCAUAGUGUCAAGUGCUCUCGCUAGAUACGGCGUUGCUCCAAACAGGCCUGCAGACCCCGAAGGCCAAUUUCCUCGUCUUGGUGCCUGUCCUGACCCUCAUGCCUGCAUAUUACCACCUGAUGUCUCAACAUUCUUACCCGGUGCUUACUUUGACCUUCGCGUAGAACUUCACGCUUAUGAUUCAGACAGGUCAAAACCUACCCCUCCUGCCUAUACUGAUUUCAAGACGACAAUUCGUAAAGGCAACGGCAAAUGGCAUGACAUUAAUGAUUACUUGAAGCUUCAUAAACAGCCCAAAAUCGAAAACUGGAAUUUCGGUUGGGUGGACUCCAUUGAUACUCAAUAUGCUGCCAUUUUGAAUAAUACAAACAAGCCCAUCAACGUCAACGUCACUUCUCGGGCAUGGAGAAAGGUGAAAUUAACUGAGCCUGGAGAAUAUGAAGUGAAGGUUCAGUAUGGCCCCAAAUCCUCUUACUCUGUUAAAUAUACAGUUGUGGAACCUAAGCACCCCAAGAAGAAGGCUAAAAAUGUUAUUUUAUUCAUCUCUGAUGGUACUAAUGUUGGUAUGAUCACUGCUGCUCGUGCACUUGCUCGAAAGCACACAUCCGGAAAAUAUGAAAGCUUGUUACACUUUGAAGAAUUUGAUAAUCUUGGCCAUGUCAUUACGAACUCUGUUGACAGUUUACUUACCGACUCUGCUAACUCUGCCAGCGCUUAUGCGACAGGACACAAGAGUACUGUAGAUGCGUUAGGUGUCUACGUUGAUUCUUCUGCCGAUCCAUUUGAUGAUCCAAAGGUUGAGAUUAUCACCGAACUCAUUCGUCGCCGUCAGCCAAAGAAAGCCAUUGGUAUUGUAACAACUGCGCAAGCACAGGAUGCUACUCCAGCUGCCUUUGGUAGUCAUACUCGUCUACGAGACACGUUAGCUGAGAUUACUGAUCAGGUAAUAAAUGGUGUUAAGAACUGGACUCCUCCUGUUGCUCCUGAUGUUUGGCUUGGUGGUGGUGGUAAUUUUUUCUCUGGUGAAAGCAGCUUAAACAAGACCAAUUACUACGACCAAUUCAAAUCAGCUGGAUAUAAUAUUGCAUUCAAUAAGAAGGAACUCGCAUCUAAGAAACGGUCAGACAAGCCGCUCUUGGGAAUUUUCCGCCAGAAGCACCUCGAUACCUGGUUUGAAAGGAACCUUUUUGUAAACAAUACUGUUGGAAACAAAGCUGCUCCAGAUAAUAGCGGCAAUGAUGCCCUUGGCUCUGACCAGCCCGGCCUUCCUGAAAUGACACUUGCUGCAUUAGAUGUGUUGAAGAAGCGCGGUGGUAAGGACGGUUUCUUUUUGUUGUCUGAAGCUGCGUCCGUCGAUAAGCAGUUGCAUGGACUUGAUUUUCCUCGUGCGUGGGCUGAACUUAUCGAGUUGGACAUCACUGUUAAAAAUACUGUGGAAUGGCUUAAAAAGAAUGGUGAAUAUGAAGAUACACUUAUUUUGGUAACAGCAGAUCACGCUCAUGGCUUUGAUGUUUGGGGAACCGUUGAUCAACGCUACAUACGAUCUCACGACAAAGAAUCAGAUAUGCUCAACUCAAUUGGUGUUUAUGGUCAUGCAGGCUGGCCUGGUUACUUUGACACCAAUAAAGACGGAUUCCCUGACAAUUUCUCUCCUGAUAUCACUCUUGCUGCUGGUACUGUUAACGGUCCUCAACAUUAUGAAGCAUGGCAAAUUUCUACCGAUGGUCCUAGAAUGCCAACCAGCACGAAGAAUGGUUGGGCUACUGGAAACAAGGAGGAUCUUGUAGGAAAGAAAGGUAAAGGCCUUGUUUGGAAUAGUAACCUUCCUCACGGAGAGUCUUUCGGUGUACAUUCUAUGAGCGAUGUCUUCAUCUAUUCCAACGGCCCUGGCUCCGAUCUCUUCAAAAAGACAAUGGAAAACUGGGAGUUAUUCUUCAAGAUGGCCGAAGCUAUGGAUAUUAUGAAACCUACAAAGCAUGAAUAACUUAAUAUCAUGACUAAUUCUUAACCAUUAUAUACUGCGUAGAGCUUCCAUAAAUUUAGUAUCAGUUUAUGAUCAAUUUUAACCAUAAAAAUGCAAAA